AUGAACCGGCCCCGCGUGCAGCUCGUCGUCACCGGGGAUGACUUCGGCUACUGCCCGAGGCGCGACCAGGGCAUAGUGGAGGCCUUCCUGGCGGGGGCGCUGACCGGGGUCUCCCUCCUGGUCAAUGGCGCGUCCGCGGACACCGCGGCCCAGCUGGCCCGCAGGCACCGUAUCCCCGCCGGCCUUCACGCCAACUUGAGCGAAGGGCGGCCCGUGAACCCCAACCUGGGCUCGGAGGCUUCCCUGAUCGGGCCCGGUGGCUUCUUCUUGGGCAAGAUGGGCUUCCGCAAGGCGCUGGCCGAGGGCCGGGUGGAGAUGCCCCAGGUGCGGGAGGAGCUACUGGCGCAGUUCAGCCGCUUCCAGGACCUGCUGGGCCAUGCGCCCGCCCACGUGGACGGCCACCAGCACGUGCACGUGCUCCCAGGUGUGCGCCAGGUGUUCGCUGAGGUGCUGCGGGAGCACGGGGUCCGCUACACCCGGGUGCCGGUAGAGCCCGGCCUGCGCAGCUGCGAGUGGCUGGAGCCCCAGCUGCGGACCUUCGCCCUGGCGGUGGAGGAGGAUGCCCGGGCCGCGAAGGAGGCGUUCCAAGAGCUAGGCCUCAGGUGGCCUGAUGCAUACAUUGGCUUGAGCACUAUGGGCAAAGACAUGUCUGUGAGCAGAAUCGAGGCUGCCAUUGACCAGGCCGUGGAGAGCGUCCUGGGCCCAGAGGAUAUCCUGCAGGGAAGCCGAGCCAUCACCCUGGAGCUCAUGACCCACCCUGGGUACCCCAGUGUCUCACCCACCAGUGGCUGUGGGGAAGGGCCCGAUGCCUUUUCCCAGUCCUGGGAGCGGCUGCAUGAGUUGCAAACUCUGCUGGACCCUGCACUCCACAAUUCCUACCAGCAGAGGAGCAUCAAACUGUGUGCCUUUGAGGACUUAUGAGGCUGGUGGUGAGGCCAGGCCCACCCUCUAAGCCAGGAGGAGCCUGCCUUUCAGCCCUGUCUCCAUCACUUGCCCAAUGGGAGAUCCUGGACAAGUCAAUUCUGUUUCCUUGGCUGGAAAAUGAAGGACUCAGAGGAGGUGUCAAGUCCCAUCUCCAUUUGACAUCCGCUGUUCUAACAGGCAGUCUGGCGUGGUGUUCAAAAGCACUGCCUCUAGAAUCGGGGCCUGAAUUAAAAUCUCACCUGUGCCAUUGGCUCUUCUUGUGACUGUGGGCAGAUCCCUUUUGCUCCAUGGGCCUCAAUGUCCUCACCUGUAAAAUGAGGUCCCUUCUAGCCUUAGAUCUACAACCUCUCCAUAAGACACUGGGGGCAGGAGAGAGCUUACACUUGGAACUUAGAUGCCUGGCCCAUAGCAAAUCAUUUCACUGAUCUGCCUCAGGAAAAUGGGGAUAAUAACCCCUACCUCUCAGAGUUGUUAGGAGGAUCAAAUGAGAUAAUAUAAGUGUUACUCCCUUCCUGGUUUGCUAAGAAGGAAAUGGCUCAGAGAGGGACCCUGUGUAAGGAGGAUCAAGGGUUUGAUGUGUGAUCCUGGAGUUCGCAGGCUGCUACUAAGGGGAGAGGUGUGGUUACAGGGUCCUUCUGCAUUUUAGCAGCUGAAUGAGAGUGGAAUGUACUUUUUUAAAUUAAAUUUUUU